AGCUAUCCGAAUGGCCAACCCCCCAACCUCGGAAACUUUGCCACUCGGCCAACAUGUCUCUACCUCUGAUGCCGAAUUCAAGCUAGAUCUGACGACGGCCAACCUGCCCACGAUAGAGCUGGAGGAUCUCAUGAUCAACUCGCGAGCCCCUUCAACAACGUCUUCUGGCUAUCUGGCUACCGACAGCGGCAGCAAUGAAAUGCCGUCUACUGCGGUGACAUAUGAGAAAUCGCGCUCCCAUGCCAGCCCGUCGGGAUCAUCCCUGCGAGGCUCCCAGAACGGAGAGUCUUCUCGACGACAGUCGUGGAUGUCGACGGGGUCCAGCACGGGGUCUCAGGGGUCCUUGAGGGGCGAUCCGCGCCUGCGCAUGGUCAUAAGGCAGCGGAGGGAGUCGCAAAACCUCCGCGAGUUGGGCGAGUUCCUGCGCAGCAAGACGCCGCCUCCCAGUAAUUACAUGUCGAGAGACAACGAUCCUACUCCGGCUUCCCCGCUCUCCGACUUGGCCAAGAAGAACAAGAAGUUUUCUUUCAAGGCCGUACUGGCCCGCAAGCCGGCGCGCGAAAGCAAAGGAAAGCAGAUCGCGCAACCCUUGCAACCGAUAAAGUUACCCGACACGGCCGUCGCGGGGAGGACGGCAGCAGGACAUCGACAUAUUGCCAUCUCUAUCCCCGUCGAGCACUCGCACCUUGGUCCCGAGAUCAAGUCACAGUAUCCCAUAUUCGAACGUCAAGAUGCGCCGGCAUCUCUCAACGCCAUUGAGUCAUAUUACAUGGAGCAAGACGAGCCCCUCACCGGCAACGUGUUGGGGCCCGUUCCUGAGGUCAGCGGGGAGUCUGACGAGAACGAGCCGGACUUGAUCAACACUUCGCAGGCAUCUUCACUAUCGUCACCAUGCACCCCACAUACAGCUGCAGAGAGUCAAUCCGACUUUUCUGCAGUCUCACCUAAGGUUUUGGGGGCUACGGAUCACGAGGAUAGGUUCCCGAGCAGUGAUUUCUACAGACCAUCAUUAUCGUCCGACUAUCCCCUCGAAUCUUGGGCAAGGUCUGAGACGCCUUUGAGCGAGCUUUUCGUCACAGCACCAAACAGCUUGAAAUCGGUACCAUCAUCUCCAUUCGAAACCAACUUUUCUCAGCGCAGCGGCGUCCACAGCAAAGACUUUGGUGCUCGCGCUCUAUCGGUCAAGAAGAAGGGUUUUGCAGCUCGGCAUCGACGCGAAAACCCCUUGAGGGAGAUGGAAAAUGCCUGGGAUGCCGACGGUGGUUUAGACGCUACUGCACCGCAGCCAGCCGCUGACGAGUCCACUAGCAACCAGUCGGCUGCUCAUUGGCAACUAGAACUAGAUCUAGACUCACCGCCCAAUAGCGCUGUCUAUACGCCACCGGAACACCCCGAGGAUAUCAUCAAUGACGAUCAUGCCUUUGAACCAGCAUGGGAACGUGGGAGGAGACUGUACAAUUCGCAUGACCUAGUCAAGCGCACCGAUGCUCUGGGGGAGAUGAUUCCGGGCAGUCCAACGUCGCAAAGGACAAUCACCCCGCAACAGAGCAUCGACGAUGUCUUCAAUAGAUCCAUCUCGCCGAUGGAGGUAUCGCUGAGGGACCAGGACUCUGGACUUGGAAUCUCCACAGUUUACUCGAAGCAAUCAUCCUCCCGCAAAGCUCUGACUCCUAUCAGGACCACCAAUUUUGGAAUGGGCAAAGAGGGAGCAGCAGAAGCAGCGGCAGCUGAUAGAGACGGCGAGUGUGCAUCAGCGACAAGCGAGUUUCCUCUGCGCAAAGAAUUCCGAAUGUCUCAGGUCUUGGAGCCAGGACAGUCUACGCCCACACCAUGGUCUGCAAAUUUGGAAAAGCAGGCACUUCGGAUGGAGCGCGAUGUCGAUUCCCUGCUGUCACCGCCGCCUGAAGAUAUGUUGUCGGCCUGGAGCGAUGACACGCCCUUGUCGGCCGCUCAAAAGGAGCCCACGCCACCAAACUCGCCCGAGGAUCUAGUCGAACAGGCAUUGGACAAGGAGACGCAGCAGUCACCGACCGAACAUAAGCUCAAGCCACGACCGCAGCAGUCAGCAGAAACCCCGACGACGCGCGCACUUCCGCAGCAGGACCGCAUCUCACUCACGCGGCGCAUCGAGCGGCGCAAAAAGCUUGCAGCGGCCGCGGCGGGGGCUCGCCAGGCUAGUCUGUUUGCGUCGAUCGCCGAAGUCGAAGCGAAAGCCAAGGCACUUAAGGAGCAAGACGCUAGCAACAAGUCAAGGCGCAACAGCCUAGCCGAUCCCAUGGCCUCGCAGGUCGCCCCCUCUGAAUUUUCGAGAUCGACGACGGACUCGGAGUCGGCGGACCAGCGCGUGGCGGAGAUGGAGCGGCGCGUCAGACAGCUGGAGCAGCAGCUCGAGCAGAGCGGAGAGGCAUGGAUGGGAGCCCUGAUGCCGCUGCUCACGACGCUGAACAAGACGCUCGAGGGCCAGCGCGCGCAGCAGCAGCAGCAGCAGCAGGAGAUGGCCGCCGAGAACCUGCGGAGGCAGCGGAGGAGGUCGAGCGCGUCCGAAUUUGGGUUCAGCUGGGGUCGGUACGACGAGUCGGCCGAGGAGCCGCCGGCAUCGCUUCGCCGAAACUCGAUGCAGAGAUACCUGCCAGAGGACGACGACGAGGACGAGCGUCUCUUUAUCUCCCGCAAGGGUCUGUCCCCCGCCCCGUCGAGGCAGUAUCGCGUGAUCACGCCGAUGGAGGACGAGGAAAACGACGGUCCCACGCAGGCUGCGAUGCAAAGGAUGCGUGGCAUGCGCAGGAGGAGCCUCGGCAGCACGAGCACCGGAACGUUUUACGGCCACUCGCGGAAGGCGAGCACCAUGUCGCAGGACUUUGAGGAGGAUUACGACUGCGGUCCGAGGAGAUUGUUUGGCGGCGAGCCUCACUGGCAGGGGUUCGACAGGGACAGAUUCAGCCAGCCGCAGCCCGCGACGCGCCACUGGCGGUUUCCCAGCACCUCGACGAUCGGGACGGAGAGCGUGGCGUCCGGGGCGUGGUCUUCUGCUCAUGGCGCGCGGCGACAACAGCAGCCGCAGUCGCAGCAGGAGGGCAAGUCGAGUCGGAGGGUGUCUUUUGCGAGCAGCAUGGACUUUGACCCGAGCAGAGAAGACAAGAAGAAGAAGAAGUCGAGGCGUAGGGAGUCAGUCGGUGGCACGAUGGAUAUGGGCAAGAAGGUGCAUGAUUUGUAUGGUCUUGGCGCCCUGAUGAACGAGCUGAGGGAUGCCGCGAGGGUGAGCCAGGAAUUCCUCCCUGAGAGCGCGACCAUGGCCGGUGAUGACUAG